AUUCCCAUAUUCAAACAGCCUCUGCCCCGCUGUGUCAGAGAAAGAUAACGGACCAUGGGGAGCAGAGGGAAAACUUUUUGAUAUACUGACAUGUAAGCGCAAUGGCUUUUGAGUAACUGUCAACUGGGGCGCGCGCUCGAGGAGCUCCCGGCGCGAGGAGGACAGGGCGCUGCUCUACGGCAAGAGGAAAAGUCCAUCCGCCGGGGCACGGGGGGAGAGCGGAAAGCAAGACGAUUUCCAAGACGAGUCCGCGGCGGAGAGUCCGCUCGAGUCGAAAGAUGAGCUUGUUGUCUGCCAUAGACACGAGUGCCUCCGUGUACCAGCCCGCGCAGCUUCUCAACUGGGUCUACCUCUCCUUGCAAGACCCCCACCAGACCAGCGCCUUUGACGCGUUCCGACCCGAACCCAACUCUUCCCACCCGGAUCUCAGCUUCAGCAAGACUCCCGCAGCGGCGGACCUGAGCUCUUCCCUCAACUCCAACUAUCUCAACAACUUCUUUCAGCUGCAGCGAAACGAGGCCUUAAACAACAACAUUUAUAAGAAUGUGUCACCCUAUGGCUCCCUGAACAACAUCGUAGAUGGACUCAACUCGCUGACGGACCAUUUCUCAGACCUUUCCCUUUCUUCAGAGCCAAGGAAACCCAACAAAAGACCUCCACCCAACUACUUGUGCCACCUGUGCUUCAACAAGGGUCAUUACAUCAAAGACUGCCCUCAGGCCAGACCCAAAGGAGAAGGACUCACACCCUACCAGGGCAAAAAAAGAUGCUUCGGAGAAUACAAGUGUCCCAAGUGCAAGAGGAAGUGGAUGAGCGGCAAUUCCUGGGCCAACAUGGGACAAGAAUGUAUCAAAUGCCACAUCAACGUCUAUCCACACAAACAGCGGCCUUUAGAGAAGCCUGACGGCCUGGACGUGUCCGACCAGAGCAAAGAGCACCCGCAGCAUCUGUGUGAGAAAUGUAAAGUUCUGGGCUACUACUGCCGCCGCGUGCAAUAACCAUCACCGUCCGGUUUAUGUCCAGGCGGGGGUUUGACCCCGCCCCGCACAGGUUUUUCACUCCGCCUCUCCUCUUUCGCUACAAGUGGAAGCUCCAAUUCUGCCCGUCUGUCUGAUGCGCCCCCCCUCCACCACAGAGGUCCUUCUUCUGUGUCUUUGCCAAUGCUGGAAUGUAUGAUAAUGUCCAAAAAUAAGAGGAACACAUUUAAAUAGGAUCAAUCUGCAUUAACAGUAUUUCCCCACGAUAAACAACACAACCCUGUUAGGUUGGCGCCCCCGACAACAUCCUCACCUCUGGGUUUGUUGGCUGUUUGUUUACAGAGAUCUGCCUUCCAUUUCGCUGCCAACAGAAGAGUGUGACGAACAUGUAACCGUGGGCUAAUGUUUAACGGAGGCCGCAUUAUCCGCAGCACAUCUUAACUGUGAAUUAUUGAGGGGAAAGUGCCAAACAUCCCUCGCUUACAUUUGGCAUAUUUAUUUUUUUCUCUUUGUUUAGUGUGCAAUUUGAAUUUGAACUGGGACAUAAACAAUGUUUUGUUUUUUCUUUUUCUAUGUUUGUAUAUCACAUUAUUGUGUAACUGCUUUCACGUGUAUUUACAAUCUACUGUAAGUCCAGUCGUGUAGAAUCGUUUAGAGAAGAAGCCUUUUUAGCAUGAAGCCUACAGUAAUGUGCAGAUUUUCAGCUGUUUAGCAAAAUGAUUACAAAACUGUUAUCACUCGUAGAAAAAGGGCAAAAUUAAACGAUGUAACUGAUGAUAAAAUGACAGAUUCAGUGCAGAAAUGGUAUAUCAGUGUUACAUAAUGAAAGCAGCAGAGCUCAAUAAGCAUGAAAAAACCUAAUUACGGUUUACAGAUUUUUUUUAUUUUAUGGGAAACUGACAGCUGGUUGACAUUGAGGAGACAUCGAAUGAAAAUGGAAAUCUCACAGCUAAUAUUAGGUUGAUGAGAACAGAAAGGUGCUGAUAUAAAAUACUGAACUGGUGAUUUGAAUAUAUAAUAUAUCUACAGAAAUGGCUAAUUGGAAGUAUAAAGUGUGGCUCCAGCAGUACUUGUCUUCUAUAAGUGUGGCUCUCAGAUCUAAGAGAUGAAUGAUAACCUGCCUUUUAAACAACUUUUUUUUAUAAAAUUGCUUAACUUGUCUGUAUGUACUGCGCUUUUUAAGUUAUACAAGGCUUGACUAUAUUAAUGUGCCUUAAAAAGAUUAAUAAAACAAAGACUGAUGUACGGAGCCCCUAAAGGGACAUUGUAAAAAAAAAAAAAAAUGAAGACGGAAAAAAAAAUUUGAAAUUAAAAAAAGAAAAAAGUCCGGUUAUAAACUAGUGGUUACCAGAUAUCUGGUACGUACCAGAUACUAUCUGGUGCGCACCACUUAGUAACCAUGAAAAACAUUUUUUUUAUUUCAAUUUUUAGAAAAAAAUUGUUUUGUUACUAUCUGAUGCGCACACCAUUUAGUGAAUAGAAAAAAACAUUUUUUUAAACUUUUUAGAAAAAAAACUCUGGUGCGCACCAGAUAGUAACAGGUGCACACCACUUAAUAAUCAGAAACAAAUGUUUUGUACUUUAAUUUAAAAAAAAAAAUUGUACUUAUAUUUUUAGAAAAAAAAUCAGUUAGUAUCUUUUCAGUUACUAUCUUAGUAACCAGAAAAAAAAAAACAUUUUAAUUAAAUUUUUGGAAAAAACUUUUUUUACUUCAAUAUUUAGAAUUUUUUUCCCUGUAAAUAUGUGGUGCGUACCAGAUAGUAUCUGGUACGCACCACUCAGUAACCAGGAAAAAACUAUUUUUUUUACUUCAAUUUUUAGAAAAAAAUGUCAGUUAGUAUCUGGUGCUCCAAAUAGUUGUGGUGAACUUAUAUUUUUUUUCUUCUUCAAUUUUUUUAAAUUUAUUUUUACUUCAGUAUCCCUUUAGAGGCUCCGUAAUUUUGAGUGUUGGCAAAAAUAAAAAAGCCAUUUGGAAUCUUGAAAAGGCGUGCCGAGGAAGUCUCACCGGUGGAGCAGCGAGCAAGUGUGAUGCAAAGAAAGUUCGAUGUAGGUUCAAGAUGUAAAGCAGAAGAAAAGGGACGAAGCUCAGCUGUUAGUAGUUGAAGUAGCAUGGCGUGUGCUUGCUUCCAUGCAGUUUGCUGAGCUGGAGGAGCGUGCUAAACUAGCAUUUCCUGCUGGCGGUAACAGUCUUACUGUGGUCUGUUGUCAUGGAAUAUCAACAAAGAUGUUAUUUCUUUGUCAAUCCUCACAACAGGAUGAAGUUGCUUAUGAAACCGUGGACCUCACACUUGGUUUUAUCUGUUGUGUUUAUCCAAGAAACUGUAGUUUUUUUGCCAGAAAAUAUACCUAGUUAACUGCUGCAGUGGGAGUCAUAAUUACAUUGUGGAGAAAUUUGACCAAAUGCCAGCUUGAGUUAAAAAGAGCGCUCCGGGGAUUUAGCUCUUAGAUUCUAAAGACUUGCAGGAGAUAGUUCCAGUCUCAAAUAUUGCUCCAGUUUAUAGAAAAAAAAAAUUCCCACGAUGCACCAUAGAAGUAUGUCAUGUUGAUGUUCGCACCUGGUAAUAAUAUGUGUAAUAAGUGCACAAAGAGAUCGCUCAUAAGUACAUGUGGCAUUGGAAUGCGAGUAAUUUGUACUUAAUUGGUAAUACUAAAACGGAGCGUGUUCUGUUUUUCGUCUGCAGGAAAUGAACUGCUCCCAUAGAUGUUAUCCCUCUGGUCUCGACUCUUUCAUGUUGGCCGAAAGACAGUCCUUAUUUUCUAAUAAAUGCGUGUUAGAGCUGCCACAUCCAGGAAGAAAUCUGUAAGUCUAUAUAAAGUAUGUCAUCCAUGUUCAAAACUAUCACAUUCAUGCAGGUUUUCAGGUUCUAUGUACAAAACCCAUAGCCAUUGACUAAUUAUAGAUUUGGUAGUGACGUCUAUCUCAACAUGAGGAUAUAUCCGUAAUCGCGAAGACGCUGACAAUGAGCCAAACCAUUUCGUGCCCAAAUUGCUUUGAUAUUUCGCACUAAACUUUUUUCAACUGUAGGUGGCGGGCUUGAGCUAGUAAAAUGUUAAAACAGAAGAAGAAGCCCCUCCCUGCUUGUCGAGUGUGAACACUAAGCGCGUUCUUGAACGUUCUUGAAUGUUCUUGAACGUCCGUCAAAUGCCCGAUGUGUAGCCUAUGUAGCUUUAGGACGAUGAACACCAAUGAUGAAGAGUUAUCACGUAAUAGAUUAUAAAAUACGACUAGUAGGACUUUGAAUAUUCCUAUCUAGUCUCAGUCUCUUUAGAAUCCCAGAGCCCAGUAAGGUGUCUGGUCGGACAUGUUGGCUGUUCCAAUUAAAUCAGGGCUCCCCAACCUCCGGGCUGCAAAGCGGUACCAGGACGUGGACCGCACUUGUAACCCAGAACAGAACGCGGAUCAGUACCAGAUGCGGAUCGAUAACAGUAACGGACAUGGAACUGUACCAGUUCUGUAUUCGGUACCGGUUCAGGAAGCGGCACCAGAUGCGGACCUGGCUGGGGUUAGGGUUCCGGAACCGGACCAAACCUCGGUACAGAACGUGGAUCGGUACUGGAUGCAGAUCUAUACCGGUACCAGACAUGGAUCGUACCGAUUACGGAUGCGUUAACGGUUACGGAUGGGGUACCAGAUGAGAACCAGGCUAGGGUUAGGGUACCGGCACUUGACACGGACCGAACCUCGGUACAGAAGGCGGCUCAGUACCAGAUGUGGAUUGAUACCGGUAACGGACGUGGAUCGGUACCAGUUCCGUAUUUGGUACCGGUUCAGGAAGCGGCGCCAGAUGCGGACCUGGCUAGGGUUAGGGUUCCGGAACUGGAUACAGAUCGAUACCGUUAACAGACGCGGAUCGGAUGCAUAUAGAUACUGUUACUAGACGUGGAUCAGUACUGGUUCCGAAUCCGAUACCAGUUCCGAACUCUGUACCAGACACAGACCAGAUUAGGGUUAGGGUACUGGAAUAGCGUAACAGUACCGGCCGCAUCCCAAGGUUCGGUCCGCGUUUGGCACUGUGUCUGACAAAACAACCCGGACUCCUGAUUCAAUUGGAAUAACCGGAACGUCAAAAAAUAAGGAGUUAGGGAAACCCAAAACGUUAAAAAAGUGACGACCCUUUUACGAAAAACCUAUGUAUUUUCUGGUACAGCCCAACUUCUUAAAGAAAAAUUCAUUUUUCUAGCUAGCGCUCCUCAUGUCGCCUCCAUAGCUUUCCAGAUGCCUUCAAAUCUCACCGCCUGAAUCUAUACCAGUGAUGCCUUAUCAUUGAGCCUCAUAGACAAGUAGGAAUGUCCGAUGCUGUCGACAGUUUGAUUCCGCCCAGACUUGCAAACGUAGAAGCUGUUCUGGUGUGAAUAGAAGCAGCUGAUAGUUAUACAUGUAAAAGUGCUUCUUAAAUGACAUAUACUUGACUUUUCUAGAACCUUUGCAGUUCAAAACAUUAUUUUUUAACUUUCUAGAAACAAGAUGUGUAUUUUGGAAGACUUCAUAGAUGUCGAAAUUUCUAAAGCAAUCUGCAAACUCGAGUUAUUUCCCUAACAAAAAAGAAAAAUCUUUGUUUUUGUGUGUGUAUGUAUUAUAUAUAUAUAUAUAUGAUGGCCAUCGUUUUUCAGUGAGCAAUAUUACAGCUUUUUUUUCUGUUUGCGUGUGAAAAAAGGGCCUAAAAAAAUAAUGAAAGCUGGGAUUUUUUUUUUUUUUUUUGCCUUCGUUUUAAUCUGAAGGAUUAUUCUACGGAAAUAUUUAUGGAAGGAUUUUUUUUUUUUUACACUUUUUGUAUAGAAAACACAACAAAGUUACACUAAGAAGAAAAUAUUGAUAUUUACAUAGAGUAUUAUAUUAAAGCUGGUACAUAAUUAAUACCCUAUCAAUUAUAAGCCAUUGUAUUUUUGUUGUUUUUAUUUAAUAACUCACCGUAUUUAGUUGUGACUAAUUCUUAGCUGCCAUAUAGCGGUUUGUAUUAUUUUCCUAUUAUGAAAAUACAUUCUGGUGACAUGCAGAAACUUAUUUUGUAUUACCUAGUGUUGGAUACUCACCACUGUAUAAGCACAUUAAACUGUGAGAUGUAGUUUGCUUAAAGCAGCAAUGACAAGAAACUAUUAUAAAAUGUUUUUUUGUAGAAUAGGAAGUGCGUGUUUUCUUUGGAAAAAGCACGUGUGACAAAGAACUGUUCUGGAGUUUGCAUGUGCAUGUGUUUGGAGUUUGUUGUGCAAUGUAUUUAAAUUCAUUACACUAGUUUGCUAUUUUUAACCCGAUUAUUAUAUGUCAUUUACCACAUGUGUAGCCUCUUUCGAUAACACAUAUUCACUGAAUGUAAUGUGUUAACACUUAUGUGGUCAAAGUCGUAUCCUUUGCUGUCUGUAUUUCUUGCAAUGCAGUGUUGCAAUAAUGUUUGAAUUGGACAGGACGCAGGCGUGAGGUCGGGAGGAUGAAAAGACAAACCGGGGAGACAGUCGACCACGGCUCUGUUUUUCCAUGUCCAUGAAACGGCAUUCCAAAAUGUGCCUUAUCCGUUAGUUGGGAAAACAUUUUUAGUUCAUUAGCGCUGUUGAGAGUUUGCUAAAUAAAAAACUGAAACCCUGUC